AUGGCGGCCUGCCCGGAGGACGCUGCUGACCGCAGGCCUGUCCGGAGGGGGCGGUCCAAGAGCGACCUCCCGUACCUGAGCGAGGGCAGGAUACCGUUCAGCCUGAGAGCAGCAGAGGACUUCGAGCGACUGGCUGCCAUGCGGUCCGAGUCCCUCGUCCCCGGCGCCCACACGCCACCCCUCCGCCGCAGGAGCAAAUUCGCCACUCUCGGCCGACUCUUCAAACCCUGGAAAUGGAGGAAGAAGAAGAGCGAGAAGUUCAAACAGACCUCUGCAGCUCUGGAGAGGGAGAUGUCUGCAAGGCACACCAGAGAGGACCUGAUAAAGCGAGGAGUUCUGAAGGAGAUCUUUGAGAAAGCCACCAUUGAAUUCCGGGCCUCUAUGGAGGGCGGAGUCUGUCCUCAGGAUCCCUCCUUAAAGUCAUCCAUGGUUCUGCCUGUUAAGAAGUCGGUUGCGUUUCCAGGGGACGUUCAGGAGAACCCUGCCAAAGCUCCACUCUACCACAAGCAGCCGCCUGCACUGCCCCCAAAGCCAUUUCCCCGGCUGUCCAACCACAGCACAGAGCCAUGCCAGCCCCUGAAGCUGCCCUGUGUGCAGGGGAAGCUCUCUCCUCCUCUACCUCCUAAGAAAGUGAUGAUCUGUGUGCCGUCUGGAGGCCUGGAGCCGCCCGUCUCCUCCCCGAACCCCUUAGCCACCUACCCCCAGAAAUGCGCACCCUUGAUGCACCACGGAGGCCUUGGGGGACACCACGGCCACCCACACCAGCUGCAGUAUGGCGGCGUUCCCAGCCGCAUCAUCGAGGAGCUCAACAAGACGCUGGCGCUCACCAUGCAGAGGCUCGAGAGUUCUGCAUUGCACUCUGUGCCCACGGUGGUGAUCGACUGUGACGAUGACAAAGAGAAUAUGCCCAAUGAGUCUGACUACGAGGACCUGCCCAGCAUGUACAAGGAUGAACUGGAGGAGGAGGAGGAUGACGAGGAUGACGAAGAAGAUGAUGACUCACUUUUUACAAGUACACUAGCCCGGAAGGUGCUGAGGAAAGACUCUCUAGCUAUAAAGCUGAGUAACCGGCCAUCUAAGAGAGAGCUGGAGGAGAAAAACAUUCUGCCCAUGCAGACGGACGAGGAAAGACACGAGUCCAGACAACAGAUCGGCACCAAACUCACACGGAGGCUGAGCCAAAGACCCACAGCAGAGGAGCUGGAACAGAGGAACAUCCUGAAGCCGCGGAAUGAACAGGAGGAGCUGGAGGAGAAGAGGGAAAUCAAACGGAGGCUAACGCGCAAGCUCAGCCAGAGGCCCACAGUGGAGGAACUGCGACAGGCCAAGAUCCUCAUCCGCUUCUGUGAUUACGUGGAAGUGGCUGACGCGCAGGACUACGACCGGCGGGCCGACAAACCCUGGACCCGCCUGACCGCUGCAGACAAGGCUGCCAUACGGAAGGAGCUCAACGAUUACAAGAGCAACGAGAUGGAAGUGCAUGAAUCCAGCCGCCAUUUAACCAGGUUUCACAGACCGUAGACCUCCACUGUCCGGAGUGCUCCAGCAGCACCUCCACCGCUACCAACCACAAGUGCUGGUCAGUCAAUGGUGCCCAAAUCUACACAAAUAGCCAAGUCCUCGAGGAGAAGGGGAUGAAAAAAAACAUGCCUUUUUCAAACUCCCCAAGACUCGGACGUUCCCCUCGCCUCACCACCCAGCCAGCCCGGACUCUCACAGUAGCAAAGCACCACCUGGGUAAACCCUGGGCUUUUCUUUAGGGGGGGUGUUUAGGGGGUGUCAGUGCUUAGACUCUCAUGCUACACUUCCCAUCACAUUAGGCAUCUGUGGUGAGGGCGGGGUGUAGGAAGGAACUGGAAUGGCCUUUCCUACCACACUUUUCCUUUCCCUCUUCCUGAUUCCUGCCUGUUUUCACUGAUACACUGGACUCUCGACGCUCCAUUUGAAGAAAACUGUCUCUCCGGCCGUAAAAAAAUUCAUUUGGUCUCUGCCAGGAGGUGGCGCUCAGCCCACAGCCUGCCAUGGCACAGCUUCAGCUCAGACAAAACUGGGUUUCUUGUGCAAUAUCCAUUCAUCCAGCGCCCUCUGCUGGUCACCCGGCCAUCUCCAGCGCAUCCGAACUGUACAGACUGUACGCAGCAAACUGUGAAGCGUGGAGCGCAGACUUCUUUUAGUUUGCGC